CCUGACGUUGAAGACAGGGGAAGAAAAUACAGUGACAGAGGGGAGUGACCGAGUCCGCGGCUGCUUUCAGCGGAAUCAAAACAACGAGACACGCCUUCUACCCCGGCUGGGACCCCGCUAGCAUGGCUCCCAGGGGCCGCGGCUGCAGGGGCCACAUAGCCCGGUGAGUGGCCCGCGGGCCGCCCUGUGUGCGCUGAGCUCGGCCGCCCAUUGUUCGCUCUCUCCCCGCUCCGCGGCCGGGGCACCAUGGAGGCCGCCGGACCGAGCACCUGAUCGCCCCCAGCGAGCACCCCCCGCCCGCCCGCCAUGCCGAACGUGAAGAGCAGCAAGGGGAGGAAGAACAAGAGGGCGAACAGCAGCGGGGACGAGCAGGAGAACGGGGCCGUGGCGGCAGCUGCAGGAGGGACGGCGGCCGCACCGAUCUGCGCAGGAGCCGCAGCCACGAGCACUGCGAGCGCACAGUGUGCAGCAUCGGCCGCCGCACCGCCAGCAGCAUCGGCCGCACCGUCUGCAGACACCAAGAACGGUAAGAUCCGGGCGGGACCGGGUUAACCUGACUGACAGCCCCGGGCACACGGCAAUGGCCGGCUGGAGGGACUCACUGAGCUGUCAAUCAGGCUGGUCUGAAGUCACAGCUUGACGUCAUAAUAAUACUAACAGGACGCGCAGUGACGUCUAACCCUGGCACCUCAUGGCUGUCACCCUGGGGCUGGCUGAGCGUCAUGGGAAACACCCGGGGGGCCAGGGUUAGACUGCACUAUAUCCUGACAAAGCAUUGUGCAGCUCCCAGCGCAGUGUCAGGGGGGAGACACCAUCCACACAGACAGACCCCAAUAUCCAUCAUUCACAGCCAGCAUGCCAGCCAGUAACAUCAGGCUCGCAGACCAUCUCUUAUCCUCACUAUUUAUUAUCUCACUAAACUCUGUCAGAUUCACAUGUUCACACUGACAUCCAUGUCUAUUGGAAAGCUAGGCAUUACAUUGAGAAAUGACGUGGGAAUUUCACAGCCUUCACUAUUUUUCUUGUUCAAUUCCCUACCAUUCCAACUUGUUUAUUCAAAGUGUGUUUAUUACUACUAUAUAUCAGCAUCCUGAAACCUCAUAUAUCAGUCGUUGUAGCAUCAUCUCUACUGUAUAAUUUGUGCUGAAAAGCAUUUAGUUGUACAGAUAUUUCUGUUUCAGUUGAAAGCUUUCUGUUCUCUAAACCUUGAACUGUUGGGAAUUCACUAGUCUAGUGGAUAGCAAAUUUAAGGUCUAAACAGCUGAGCUGGAAACUGCUUUAGAGGGACACUAUAGUCACCAGAACAACUACAGCUUAAAGGAACACUCCAGGCACCCAGACGACUUCUGCCCAUUGGAGUGGUCUGGGUGCCAACUCCCACCACCCUUAACCUUGCAAGUGUAAUAAACUGCAAUAAUUACCUUGCAGGGUUAAGUCCUCCUCUAGUGGCUGUUUAUCAGACAGUCACUAGAGUGACUUCCGCGUUUUUUAAAAAGUGUUUUAAACUACGCUGGAUGUCCUCACGCUAUUCGUGGACAGAGCCUGACCCAGCGCCGAGGGACAUUGGCGCUGGAUUCAGCUAAGUCACUGAAGGGGUUUUAACCCCUUCAGCAACAUUGGAUGGGGGUGGGAGGGAGAGGGGCACUGCAGGGUCCUACAGUGCCAGGAAAACGGACACUGGAGAGUCCCUUUAAUGUCAGUGGAAAGGUAGGGUUUACAUUGCUGACUAGUUACACCUCCAGUGGCCACUCCUCAUAUCGCUGCUAGAGGUGCUUCCUGGGGCAAAAAAAUAACUCUCCUUUUUCAGUUGGGAAGCUACCCUUUUCUAUCAGCAAUGCCCAGUCCAAUGCUUCCUGACUAAAAGUUUCAGACAUUAAGUGGAAAUGGGAGGACAGAGCAAUUGGGCGCGAGCUUGACGACCUUGGGGGUAUACCGUUCAUUAAUGGUUAAGCCCAUUCAGAUACACCAGCCCCUGACCUCCUCCAACCAUAGCAGUUUAAAUGUAGUGACGUUUUUCUGGUGCCCUUUAAGCCUGUGUCCUUAAUCUACACUUCUUACCUGAAAACGAUACCACAACUCCUCCCUUACUAACUUUUCCCCCAACAUUGUCCACCCCACCUUUUAGAGCAGGGCCUUUCAGGUGUCGUUCGGUUAUCAUUUUGCUUCAGCUAUUUUGAAAUGUAUGGGACAUAUCAUGUUUAAAGUAGAAUUGCUACUUAUCUGGACAUGGCAGUUCUUCAUUCCCUUAUCCCAGUAAACUGGUAAGUAAAUUCAAACAAAAACAAUUGCCUCUACUGCAUUUAUGUGUUCAAGACAAAUCCACCUCUCCAUGAUGCCCCAGGCACAGACGUGUGCUCAGGUGUCUAUAGAGAAAUGUGGUACAAGCACGUGUUGGCACUAGAGAUGUCGUGAACUGUUCGCGAACUGUCCGCCGGCGAACAAUAGCGUGUUCGCGUUGGGCGAACAUAUGCGAUUUCCGGUCCGCCCCCUAUUCGUCAUCAUUGAUUACACUUUGACCUGGAACCUCACAGUCAGCAGACACAUUCCAGCCAAUCAGCAGCAGACCCUCCCUCCCAGGAAGUGUCUGCUGACUGUGAGGUUCCGGGUCAAAGUGUACUUAAUGAUGACGAAUAGGGGGCGGACCGGAAAUUGCAUAUGUUCGCCCAACGCGAACACGCUGUUGUUCGCCGGCGGACAGUUAGGCGAGCAGUUCGCGACAUCUCUAGUUGGCACUAAUGCUGGCAUGCCUAAGCACACUGGGCUGCAUUGUACAUAUAACACUAGGGGUUAAGUUAAUUCACAUGCAGGGUAAUUUAAACUAAUAUCAUAGUGACUGAGAAUUAAACAAUAGAUACUUCAUGCAACCCAUAGAUAGCUAUCAGCAAUUUCUGUUGUCCUUUUAUUCUUACUAGGAACAUAAUCUCAUGCAGCUUCAUUUAGGUUACUAUUGAAUAACGUGACACAUGUUUUCAGCAGAAUCAAGUCGAAUGUUGUCAAAUAGACCCCUUAGUUUCUUUUUCUGUUUAAUUGUAUUCUGAAGCCAGAUAACAAGUGAGUAGCUAUUUAUAGUGAGACCUACGUAACUUUCUUUGCUAUUUAACAUCAGCUUUAGCAGGCAUGUUUAACUCGUUACAGGUUACAUUGCUGUACCUAUAGAUGCCUUGGUAUAGGAUGCAGUAAUGAUGGGUACAAGAAUGGUACUGAUCCAUAGUUUUAAUUUACUAAAAUCUGAAUUAUCACUUAUGGGUCUUUGCGUUCCUAAUGAGAUGCCACAAACCUAUACGUUGCAUUGUGUAAUGUGCAAUAUGACUGAAUGUAGCAGUGGUAGCUCCUUCAAACUCCACCUUUAUGGCAUUUUGCCAAAAUAGUCUUGUUUAUAAGACAAACUAGUCCCUUCUUUGUCUUAUAUCUUCAGAUUGCAUUUGAAGUCCAAGUCCAUAUUUUUUUUAAUUUUUGAAAAGUUUAAAAGGGACAUUAUUGAAGGAACUAACUUUUCAGAAGUAGUUUGGUAAAUGGUCUUCAAUGGGAUGCUAUUUAUAAUUUUUAUCCUGCCUGAAAACAAGUGCCCUACAUGUCUAAAAGCUUUUAGAAUAAAUACCAACUUGGUACGAACCAAUGAGCGGUGGGUGGGGGCCCUAAAUAAAGAUAUGGGGGGGAACUUCUGUCCCCCACCCCUGCGCGGUGGGUGGGGGCCCUAAUAAAACAAUUAGGGGGGGGACCUACUGUCCUCCCCCCCUGGCCCCCACGGGGCCCUAAUAAAACAAUAAGGGGGGGGGACCUACUGUCCUCCCCCGCCCCCACCCCUGCGCGGUGGGUGGGGGCCAGAGUAAAACAAUAAGGGGGGGAACUUCGAGGGCACGACGCAUACUGAGCUCCUUGCCCCGCCCUGCAAUUAGGCUUAGAACACUGAUUGGUGGGUUUAAGCCAAUCAGAGUGCUCUGAGUCAUUUUACACAGCGUGGGAAAAUUCUAAAGAACUCCCCUUAUUUUUUUAUUUUUUUUACAGGUUAGUUAUUUUAUUUCCCCCCCCCCUUAUUGUUUUAUUGGGGCCCCCAACCACCGCGCAGGGGUGGGGGCCAAGGGGGGGGGACAGUAGGCCCCCCCUCACUGUUUAGUAGACAUGCCCCUACUCGCGGUAUAGCGAGUAGGGGCAUUUGGGAGAUUUUAAUCUCCCUUGUGCUAUUACGGGGGUCAUAUUGACCUCCAUAGAGUGAGAGGGGGACCUGGGGGGGCUUAUGAAGUGGUGGGGAGCACUGCUCCCUGCCGCUUCUAUAGUUACAUAUUACAAGGAGGGAGCUGCACGCCGGUAGCUCCCUCCUUGUAAUAACCUGCACGGACAAACAAACACUGAUACUCAGAUACACUGAUACAUAGUGUUUGUUUGUUCGGCUAAUAAUUCUAUUCACUCAUUCGUCUGUCUGAUGAAUGAGUGAAUGGAUGAAAUUCCCGUUCGCAUGUCCAGGUGUUUCACUGGGCAUGUGCGGGAAUCUCAGUGUCUGCCUAGUGUGGGCUGAUGACGUGUCCCACAGGGACUUCAUCUACCCACACAAAGAUGGCGGCGCCCUGAAUCAAGAUCGAGGCAGAAAAUAAGGAUUAAAAAAUAGGUAAUAUGGGGGGCUUAGGGGCAUUUGGGGGUGACUAGUGGGUCUAUUGGAUGUAGUGGAGGCGGGAGGGGGGGUUAAAAAAAAAAACGGGAUUCGGCAUGACAGUGCCGCUUUAAAGAGUGGACCUUUAGAAGUGACCAUGAAAUGGCAAAUUUUAAGUCAGAGUAGAUAAGGUUGCCUCAAAAUACCUCUUGGAUAAUACCAUCUUGUGAAUUUUGCUGUGAUCAUUGUAGUGUUGGAACCCUGAAAACUACGGAGUCAUUUAAUUUAAAAGGGGGCUGGGGGAAAAACCCAACUUACAUCGUUUGAGUUGUGUUUUCCAUUGUUAUAUGAUUAAAAAAAUUAAAAAUAUAUAUUUUGUAUGUGUGUAUCUGUAUGAAAUUAUCAUUUCAAGUAUUUUUUGUAAAAAUAGAAGAGGAGAGAGUGUGUUUUGGGAAAAAAAAAAGUAUACCCUCUUUGAAUUCUAUGGUUUUACAUAUCCGGACAUAAUAAUCAUCUGUUUCUUAGCAGGUCUUACAUUUAGGUAAAUAUCAUAUUUGAUGAACAACAGCACAUGACAUAUUGCACUGUGUCCUGAUUUAGUUAACAAAGCCCAAAUGGAGAAGGCAUGUGUGAAAAACUACAGGGAGUGCAGAAUUAUUAGGCAAGUUGUAUUUUUGAGGAUUAAUUUUAUUAUUGAACAACAACCAUGUUCUCAAUGAACCCAAAAAACUCAUUAAUAUCAAAGCUGAAUAUUUUUGGAAGUAGUUUUUAGUUUGUUUUUAGUUUUAGCUAUGUUAGGGGGAUAUCUGUGUGUGCAGGUGACUAUUACUGUGCAUAAUUAUUAGGCAACUUAACAAAAAACAAAUAUAUACCCAUUUCAAUUAUUUAUUAUUACCAGUGAAACCAAUAUAACAUCUCAACAUUCACAAAUAUACAUUUCUGACAUUCAAAAACAAAACAAAUCAGUGACCAAUAUAGCCACCUUUCUUUGCAAGGACACUCAAAAGCCUUCCAUCCAUGGAUUCUGUCAGUGUUUUAAUCUGUUCACCAUCAACAUUGCGUGCAGCAGCAACCACAGCCUCCCAGACACUGUUCAGAGAGGUGUACUGUUUUCCCUCCUUGUAAAUCUCACAUUUGAUGAUGGACCACAGGUUCUCAAUGGGGUUCAGAUCAGGUGAACAAGGAGGCCAUGUCAUUAGAUUUUCUUCUUUUAUACCCUUUCUUGCCAGCCACGCUGUGGAGUACUUGGACGCGUGUGAUGGAGCAUUGUCCUGCAUGAAAAUCAUGUUUUUCUUGAAGGAUGCAGACUUCUUCCUGUACCACUGCUUGAAGAAGGUGUCUUCCAGGAACUGGCAGUUGAGCUUGACUCCAUCCUCAACCCGAAAAGGCCCCACAAGCUCAUCUUUGAUGAUACCAGCCCAAACCAGUAUUCCACCUCCACCUUGCUGGCGUCUGAGUCGGACUGGAGCUCUCUGCCCUUUACCAAUCCAGCCACGGGCCCAUCCAUCUGGCCCAUCAAGACUCACUCUCAUUUCAUCAGUCCAUAAAACCUUAGAAAAAUCAGUCUUGAGAUAUUUCUUGGCCCAGUCUUGACGUUUCAGCUUGUGUGUCUUAUUCAGUGGUGGUCGUCUUUCAGCCUUUCUUACCUUGGCCAUGUCUCUGAGUAUUGCACACCUUGUGCUUUUGGGCACUCCAGUGAUGUUGCAGCUCUGAAAUAUGGCCAAACUGGUGGCAAGUGGCAUCGUGGCAGCUGCACGCUUGACUUUUCUCAGUUCAUGGGCAGUUAUUUUGCGCCUUGGUUUUUCCACACGCUUCUUGCGACCCUGUUGACUAUUUUGAAUGAAACGCUUGAUUGUUCGAUGAUCACGCUUCAGAAGCUUUGCAAUUUUAAGAGUGCUGCAUCCCUCUGCAAGAUAUCUCACUAUUUUUGACUUUUCUGAGCCUGUCAAGUCCUUCUUUUGACCCAUUUUGCCAAAGGAAAGGAAGUUGCCUAAUAAUUAUGCACACCUGAUAUAGGGUGUUGAUGUCAUUAGACCACACCCCUUCUCAUUACAGAGAUGCACAUCACCUAAUAUGCUUAAUUGGUAGUAGGCUUUCGAGCCUAUACAGCUUGGAGUAAGACAACAUGCAUAAAGAGGGUGAUGUGGUCAAAAUACUCAUUUGCCUAAUAAUUCUGCACUCCCUGUAAGUACACCCUUACUGCUUCCAUAAGAAUUAAGAGGCUAAGUAGCAGACAUCUGCUGAUAAUCAAAUGCCCUUAAUUAAUUGAUAAUCAUCAAAUAUGACCACCUCUACAAAAGCCGACGUUUUAGCAAUUUACUGGUCUGGAUCAUUUCAGGUCUGUUAACACAAAGCCAGGGAGGAAAGACAUCAGAAAUGGUGUUAGAGAAGCAAUUGUUGCUGCUCAUCAAAGUGGGAAAAAUUUAUAAGGCCAUUUCCAAACAAUUUAAAGUCCAUCUUUCUAUAGUGAGAAAGAUUAUUCAAAAGUGGAAAACAUUCAAGACUGUUGCCAAUCUUCCCAGGAGUGGAUGUCCCUGCAAAUUCAACCCAAGGUCAAACCAUGCAGUGCCCAGAGAAAUUGCAAAAAAUCCAAGAGUUGCAUCUUAGACUCUACAUGCCUCAAUAAGCAUGUUAAGUGUUAAAGUUCAUGACAGUACAAUUAGAAAAAGACUGAACAAGUAUAGUUUGUUUGGAAUGGUUGCCAGAAGAAAGCCUCUUCUAAAAAGAACAUGGCAGUACGGCUUAGGUUUGCAAAGUUGCAUCUGAACAAACCGCAAGACUUCUGGAACAAUGUCCUUUGGACAGGCCAGACCGAAGUGGAGAUGUUUGGCCAUAAUUCACAGUGCCACAUGUGGCAAAAAACCUAUCAGCAGAAACACUUCAUACCAACUAUCAAGCAUGGUGAUUUAGGCAUGUUUGGAGCCACAGAACUAGGUGACCUUCCAGUCAUCGAGUCAGCUAUGAACUCCUCUGUAUACCAAAGUAUUUUAGAGUUGAAUGUGAGGCCAUCUGUCUGACUGCUAAACCUUGGCCAAAAUUGGGUAAUUGAACAGGACAAUGAUCCCAAGCACACCAGCAAAUCUACAACAAAAUGGCUGAAAAGGAAAAGAAUCAAGGUUUUGCAAUGGCCCAGUCAAAGUCCUGACCUCAACCCAAAUGAAAUGAGAGCUGUGCAUAAACAAAUGCCUGCAAACCUCAAUGAACUAAAGCAACGUUGCAAAGAAGAAUAGGCCAAAAUUCCUCCACAACAAUGUGAGAGACUGAUAUAGUCAUACAGAAAACGAAUACGUCAAGUUAUUGCUGCUAAAGGUGUUCUACAAGCUAUUGAACCAUAAGGUGUACUUCGGUUUUCACACAGGUUUCUUCAUUUUGGCUUUAUUUUUGUUGAAUAAAUUGUGACACUGUGUAAUAUGUGAUGUUUUGUUGUUCAUCUGAGGUCGUGUUUACCUAAUUUUAAGACCUGCUAAGGAAUAGAUUAUGUCCUGAUGUGUAAAACCAUGGAAUUCAAAUAUGUGUUAUUUCUUUUUCCCAACACACACACGCUCUCCCUCCAUAUUAAAAUAGGCUUAUUUAAAUAUACUACAGUAUGCAUUUCUGAUAUUGAUCUGUUAAAACUGACAAGGCUAUUUAAGUACAGAAAAUGCUGUUCCCCCUUUUAAUCCUGAAGCUAAAUUUCUGCUGCCUAACUUGCUUGAUUGGGGUUUAAACUGUCAACUUUAUUAAGUAGUUCCUGUUGUAUAGAAAUGUGAAGUAGAUUUUGCAAGUUGUGGUAUGCAGUGCUAUUUAUGGCUUUCCAUUUUAGAGAUGCUGCUUUACUUAAAUGGUUACUACAAGCACCAUGACCACUUUAGUCAUUUGAUGUGGUCAUUGUGCCUGGGGUCUGUACGUGUAGCGUUUUUGUUUGAAAUUGUGCACAUUUUAAAGUUCAAAGGGACACUAUAGUCACUAGAACAGCUACAGCUUAAUGUAGUUGUUCUGAGGCGUGUAAUACCAUGCAUGUUCUGCAUGGAGAGGCUGAAUUUUCCUCAAAGAGAUGCAUUUCUUUAAGGAGGUCUUGAUUGGCCAAAACGGCAUUUGGCCCCGCACCCGUGCCGAGUUUAGCCAAUCCAAUGCUUUCCUUAUGGGAAAGCAUUGGAUUGGCUAAAAAAUCGGCCAUUUAAAUGAUGCCACAAAGCCAUCACCGGCAGACCUGUGCAGUGCUGGAAAUAUGGUGACUUUUAAAGUUUUAUAGGGGGACUAAGGGGGGGGGCAAGCCACCUAUAUGGUGGGUUUAGCACUAUAGGGUCAGGAAUACAUGUUUGUGUUACUGACCCUAUAGUGAUCCUUUAACAGUUUUGCUGCCGAAUGUGUAACCACCUCUGGCAGCGUUAUUGGGGCAGCAUUAUUGAGCCCGGAACUGCUAAUCUCAAUUCUGUGCAUAUUCAGAGGAUCAGAAUUGCAUUAAUUAAGUGGUAAGGGGAAUCUCUCAUCCAAUGAUUGUGUUGCGAGAUCGACUUUCAGCUUCUGCAGCUGUAGUGGUUUUGAAGCUUUGAGGAACCCUUUAAGGCACAUUUACUCUGCAAAGAGAUUUAAGUACUUUGUUUCAUGCUUUGACAUCUAAACACAAAGUGAAACUUUCCUCAUCUCAUUUAUGGUUUUUCUCCUACAAUGUAGGACCUACAUCAUAAACGUGUCAGUCUUGUUCAGUUUACCUUUAUCUCAGUACUAUUUUCCAGCUUAUGUAUGUUCUUUGGAUCUGUCUGUCUCUCUCCAGCUUGCCUCUUUCUCUCAUUCUUUGAGAGACAGUAAUCGGAUGGAACAAACAAACCUAUAUGUUUUUCACUAUACCAGGAAUUCAUCUAAAAUUUCAGGCUAAAAUAGUCAAGCUGAAAAUUAAUUCUGUAAAAUGUAACAUAUGGGAAACUCCUUCAUAUUGAAGAAAUAAGCAAUGCUGUUUCACCUGGUAAGAGAUCCAUAGCGACAGAGAAGUUUGUCGAAAUGUUUCCAUGAAAUAGCACUCUGUCGUCUUGGAUAAUAAACUUUUUUUUUUAUUGCACUAGAAGUUAAAAUUGACUUCACAAGAGUACAUCUUCCAAAAGGUUGUUGGCCAUUCCUAUAAUGUGCAAUUUUUUUUAAAACUGGAUUUUAAUAACAGUUAAAGUAACAUUAUGAACAAAAAUGCAUGCUAUCUAACCAUCUGUUUAGAUUGAUGGGCCCCCCUUUAUCUUUUUGUUAAACUUUACUUUACCUUUAUUCCAUCGCUAAGACAGCUUCUUUAUAGCAGCCCAAUCCACCUAUUGUGAUGUCAUCAAUCUUUUUCCUGUGGAGAAGCACUAGGGACAGAGCAUGUGUUUUACUGCUGUCGACCAAUCAAAUGCUUCUCAAUGAGAAGCUCUGAAAAGGUUACUUCAAAACAAAGUUUGGGUUCACAAGUGGAAAGUUGAGUGACCACACAAUUCUCAGACUCUCUCAACUCAUCCUCUUCUUGCCUGUACUGCCGAGAUACUGGUGGAAUCUGAAAAAAGAGUAAGUAUAAUAUUUUAUUACAUUUUCAUUUAUUUUUGAUAACCAUUAAACUGUUUAUGUAUGCUGUAAUUCAUUAGUUUUCAUGUGUUGCCCUACAGUUUUCUCUAUUUGUUUUCAGCAAAAUCAAAAGCCGUAAAAAGAUGGCUUUUACUCUGUUGCAGAUAACUAAACAAAAAAAACACUUGACACUAUUAGGACAUGAGAUGUAAAUUGUUGUACUAAAACACUUCGCAAAUAGGUUUGCCUGUCAUGCUCUGUCCAACAGUGUGCUUUUUAAAAAAAAAUUUAUUUUUUAUAUAUAAUGCAGAAUGUGUUAUAAAAAAAAAAAUAUAAGAAUGAAGCCUUAGGGGUCAAUCAAAGCUUGACCCCAAAGUCGACAUAUAAACGGACUUUGUGGGUAUAAGUCAUAAACCCUAAAUUGUUUAAAUACGAAAAAGAUUACCUCAGAGGAUGAAAGAGUGAAGGGCGACUUGCCUUUCCUCUAAACACUCCCCCCAGGAAUACCCACAAUGGUAAAAGAUAACUCAUGGGGCACAUAUGAAAUAAGAGUUAAAAACUUAAACAUAUCUUUAUUAAAUUCUAUUUAAAAAUGUCCAUAGGGACAAAGCGAGUUUAGACGUUUUUUCUUUCUUGUUAGGUUUCUGAUGCAGCCUUUUAGUCUCCUGUAGAUCCUGGGGAUUAUUCUAGCUACUUACUUGGGCUUCAGGUUCUGAUCUAUCAGCCAUAGAAGUUUGGUCACUUUACCUAGAUCAACCUCUUGUAUUAGAAAGCUGUCACUUAUUGGCAUUUGUAUUCACAUGAGUACUUAGAUAGGGUGGUUGCUAUAUUUCUCCAGCAUAUCUAAGUAGUUAAUGUGUGCCUAAUGAUUUUUCCAGCAUCUAUUUGGGCAGUCUACCUCCUUUUAACAACUUUUAUCUGUCUAGACCAUAGGUCGUCAACCUGGUCCCUACCGCCACUAGUGGGCGUUUCAGGAUUCCAGGUGGGCGGUAGGGAUUUCCUCAUUUGGAGAGAUUGGGUGGGUGGGCAGGCAGGUACCCCUGCGACCAGGUAUCUCCAUCACCAUUUGCAGGGCCGGGCGGCAAACCGCCGUGGCCACCGUCCAAGGGGUCCAACGGGUGGCCCAUGCUGUCAGGGCCACCCGAUGGAUGUGGAUUGUGAGAGGGCCCAGUCAGCGCUGGGCGCUUUAACAGCGCGACCGGGCCCCCUGUGAUUACAUCACAGAGCUGGGAGGAAGUGACUGCACGUCACUACUCCCAGCUAACACUGAGAGCCGCGCAGGUGGAAGACCAGGGAGUCAGAGUGGGAACUCUGACUCCCAUCCACCUGAGCCACCACAGGACCCCAGGGAAAGUCACCCUCCUGCACCUUAAAGGUAGGAAACAGGAGGGUGACUUAAAUAUAAUGUGUGUGUCUCUGUAUGUAUGUCUUGUGUGUAUGUGUGUCUUGUCUUUGUAUGUGUUGUGUGUGUCUUGUCUUUGUGUGUCUGUGUGUAUAUUUGUAUGUAUGUCUUAUGUGUGUCUUGUAUGUGUGCCUGUCUGUUAUAGUGGGCUAUAGUAAGUUGGCUACCUAGCUCAACCUUCCUACUGGGCAUUGCUAUAAGUAAGGUUACAAAAUAGAAAAAAGGAGGAAGAAAAAAAGGUGGGGAGGGAAAUUGAGGAGGGAAAGGAGGGGAGCUGAAGCACAGAUGAGAAAUCAUAUAUUAUGCGCAAACAGAGAAGUCGUCUGAAUAUCACUGAAAGAGGAGACCUUAGUUUGUUCCUUACGAAAAUCGAACCAGAUAUCAAAUAUUUAGUCUCGCAGCAUCAACCUCAAGGAUCUCAUCACUAGUAAAGGUAAUUUCAAUUUACGUUUUCUCAUUAAACUUUAUAAAGUUAAAAACAUUAUAAACAUGCAUUAAGUAGAAAUAAAAAGAAAGAUAAAUGUACGUAUUUUUUUUUUUUUUUAAAGCCCUCCUUUCUAAAAAAUAUUCCGCACUUGUGCGAAAACUGGUGGGCGGUAAGGACAUUUUUUCCCAUCAAGAAAGAUGCACUAGUGGGCGGUAGGAAAAAAAAGUUGACUACCACUGGUCUAGACAGACAGACUAAGACUUUCAGUCCUAUUUAGGACUAUCAUAAGUCUGGUAAAAUUGAAGGCAGUGUUAUGUUUUCAGCCUGCCUAUCAUAUCUCCUUAAUCUUUUAAAUGUAAUUUCAAAGAGGCUAGAUCUGUAAGGUGUGUCUAUUAUAAUUUGAGGCUUUUUAGGUUUACUUAUUGGGCUACUGUAUGCAGUAACUCUGAGGAAUAUGUUAAGCACUAUUAUAUUGCCUAUGGCCGUAUUCUGUCCUCACAUGUAUGUUAGCUGCACUUACCCUAAUAAAUCUGUCCUCUAAAAUAGCACUACCUGUUAUCAACUAGUAGAAAACAAGUUUAGCUUACUAGUAAUAGCACUACCUGUUAUUAAUUAGUAGAAAGCAAGUUUAGCUUACUAUUAUUAUUUUCUGCUUUCAUUUAUUUGAUUUAGCUAAACUUUAUACCACUACUGAUAACAACAUGGCAUGAGAGAGAUUGUGUUAAUAUAGUUCUAUCUAUUUAACACAAGUUUAAUAUAUAUAGGGAAGAUAGAGUUCUGUGUGUGUGUGUGUAUAUAUAUAUAUAUAUAUAUAUAUAUAUAUAUAUAUAUAUAUAUAUAUAUAUAUAUAUAUAUAUAUAUAUAUAUAUAUAUAUGUAUAUAUAUAUAUGUGUGUUAUAAUAGCUUGAGCUCCCAUUAUGUACCUAGAAAGAGAGACUAUUUAACUAAUCGAAAAUAUAUUGCUAGUUACUAGCUUCUGACUUCAAUCCCCCAAGUAGAUAUCUGACCAUUAUGUUGUUCACAUAGAUCAAUUUUAUUAGUAGCGACUUACAGUCAACUACAUAUAAAUAUAUACGGGAGACUAUCUAGGCUGCAUCAAGCCUUUCCUUUUUAAAUUCACUAGCACUGUGUGUUCCACGUAUUUCACCACGCUUUGUCCCUAUGGACAUUUUUAAAUAGAAUUUAAUAAAGAUAUGUUUAAGUUUUUAACUCUUAUUUCAUAUGUGCCCCAUGAGUUAUCUUUUACCAUUGUGGGUAUACCUGGGGGGAGUGUUUAGAGGAAAGGCAAGUUGCCCUUAACUCUUUCAUCCUCUCAGAAUGUGUUAUAACACUGCUGGGCUUCACAUGAGAAUCCCACCCUCACUUUUAAAUUUUUUUUUUUCAGCAACACUUUUCACACACUGUGAAAACACAAUUUGGCAAACUGUUGGUAAUGUCCUUUGUUACUUUUAAAACCACUAUAUUGGCAGGGAAGUGCUUUUUGCACUCUUGACAAUUUUACUGCUGGACAGAGCUUGAAAAAUGUUGACCUUCCAAAGGUAGCACUUUUCAUGUACUGCCCAGCAGUUUGAUAUAUAUUAGGGAAAAUAAUGUGUAAAACUUUUGAGCAAAGCUUGGGAAGUGUUACUUUGUCAUUACAGUGGUUUUCAAAGUAACACAGAACAGCACUUUUGACUUCCUGUUCCAUACUUUGAAAAGAAUAUGUAUAAUUUGCACACUUUUCAUAGACGCAUUACACACCAUUGUAUACAAUGUUUUUGUAAGGAAAUAUGGUGUGCUUACCUGAAAUACGACUGUGGAUCUUGCACAUGUAUAUAUGCAUAAAGGGAUCACAUCCAUUGUGAAUGACAGCAGCCUUAGCCUCUCCAGAGCAUGGAGCAGCACAUCUCUCUUUAGCUUGUGAUGUGUGUGUGUGGCUUUCUACUACUUACUGGGCAGUGUAAUGGCUAUUGGAUUGUGCGUCAUUACCUAAUGAGCCAUGUGCUGCUCUGUGUCUUUGCAAGCUUUUUGUGGCACGUAUUCACACUACAUGACUGUGCACUAUAACAUGUAUGUAAUAGCAGCCUCACUCUUUAGCUUCUAUAUUUGUUCUCUACUUUUUUGUAGGUUGCUGCUCUCCACCUUAUGAGGAGGUAGAUCCAUUCCUGCAGAAUGAACUUUUACCCUGCCAUGUGGUCCACCGCUUCCCCUACAUCACAUAAACUUACAGAGAUCUUCAAGUUGGUAUUCAAUAGUGAACCAUAGUAAGUGGUGCAAGUGUGGCAAUUUUAUACCAGUGCCCACUGAUAAUGAAGGCAUCUGCGGCAAAUUCAGAAGAUUAAGGACAUAAUGUUUGAAGACUUAUGGGUAUGAGCUUGAUUAUCUGAAGGAGCAUCUUGAGUCAACCUAUAUCAACCAGGUUUAUUGUUAUGGCUUUGGUUACCAGGAGAAGGUAUUUACAUUCUUCUUCUGGAUUGCAGAAAAAGUAAGUUUAAAUGUGUAAUUUGUAAAGUUUGAAAGGUAAACUGUAUGCCCUUUUAAAAGGAACACUCCUGGCACCAAAAUUACUUUGGCUUAGUGAAAUGAUUAUAGUGGUAGGAGCGUUUAAAAACAGUGUUUUUUAGCUAGGAAUUGCAGACCUAAUCCUACUCCUGUUACUGGAUGAUUGCUGCAGACAGUGUCCAGCUGUCUGCAGCACCAGUUAUCAGUGAGACAGAGGAAUGAUUUGGACUUGCAAGCACUAGCUUCUAGAACAAACUUGCAAGUCCUUUUCACAUCGGUCCUGCAUACCAACUAAUUGGUAUGCGUUGAUAUUCAAGUUUAGAAGUCUAAUUCUCAGUUCUUUGACAGGGAUGGCAGGCAGCUCUUUCCGUUUGACAAAGUUAUCAAAUUACUGCCUGCAGGGACAUCUUUCUGGCACCACAACAACUUAGUUGAAGUGCUUAUUGUGCAUUUGGUGUCCCUAUAAUGAAGAAGAUAAAAUUUACUAACAACAAUGUUAUUGCAGAUACUUCUGUUUGCACAGAGAAGCUGCAGCAGCUCUGGGUAUCUAGAGCUGGAAGACCACCACACUGAUAUCAAACUCUCAUCUUAUACCCAGCACUAGUUUUUUGAAUAAUUAGCUCUGUGCCCUGUAAGCAGUCCCAAGUAUCACAAAUUUACACUCAUAGUGUGUAAUGAGUAAAUUGGCUCUGUUAAUAAGCUCAAGUUCGUACUUCAUAACUUAAGCUAAUAUUUAUUUUUCCUAGUGACUUUCGGAAGACUUCCACCGUUCAUUUUCUAUGUGGGUUUACGGCUUAUCGGGGCCAAGGAGAAGACCUUUAUACCAUGUUGUAUGGCAAAGGAUCGAACAGCAUUUUCCUGCACCAGAUAACAGAGGGGAUUCCACCCUAUGUGCACUGGUCCAAGUACCACAGCCAAUUUUUAAUAUGAAAAGUGUUUUCUUCCUUUCUUUUUUUUUUUUCCUCCUUCUUCAUUGGUUGUCAUUUGAAAUAAACGUGUAUAUACAUUCUUGCUUUUUUUUUUAUUUUUUUUUAUUUAUUUUUUUAUAAAUUGUACAUUGGAUAGUGCAUACGUUGAGUGUGCUUUAGUAUCUUGUGGGUUUCUUCAUUUUUUUUUUUUUUCUCUUAAGCUAGCAUAAUCACCUGCACUAUGUUUAUUUGUUUGGAGAUACUUUACAUCACAGAGAUGAGGAAGCUGUAGAAUUGUUAAGACACAAGCACAAAGCUAUAUACAUAAAAAUACAUUCUCACACAGGAUUAAUAUACAAAGGACUGAUCACCACAGAGACCACAAGGGUUAUUCUGCAUAAAGAAAUUGUGCUCGCACAGCAAGUCAGGGGGCUAACACACAUGGAAGUGGUUAAAUAUUCCUACAGAACACGAUAUCACUGCAAGGCAGGAGUUAACAUGUAUAACAUGACUGAUCAAACACCUGGGCAAAGUAUACAUACACAAACCUGGAUAGGGGUUUGCACACAAGGAAAGGUUUCGGAUACAUAAAGAACAAGCGCGUUGACAUUGAGCCUGUGAUUGACAUAAAGAAUAGACUGACACGGGAUGCUCUUUCCACUCCAUUGUUGCCUAUUUGUUGUCCCAUGGUCUGUUUAAUAAUGGUAGAGGUCUGUCCCAAUAAUGGGGAAGUUGUCACUCUCAAACAUGUCUGAGAAACAUAUGUGAGCCACCAGGGAGCUGUUACUGACUAUUCCCUGAGACAUAUUCUGAGGUCACACUGCUCCUCAACUGCUGAUUGGUGUAUUUUUACAGCACCUUUCAGGCAGGAAUUACCUGGGCCGCCGUUCACCCAGGACCAAGUUGCACAUAUGAUCUUUGUGACACCUGGUGUUUCACCACUGGUUUGUAGUUUUGUUACUUAUAAUAAAAUGUAUACUUUACUCUUCAAUAUGCGGUAUUUAGUAUUGUAGUAAUAAACAGUGGACUAUGAUGAUGUUUAUAUAAAAAAAAAAGCAGUAAUUUCAGUAAGAGAAUUUUAUUUAUUUCCACUCGAUUGGCUAUGACUUUGCCAAUUGCUUUUCCAGUUUACUAUGAAUUAAAUAUUUAACUACAUUAAUAAAUGUCUCCCAUGGUUUUCUGUAAAACCAUUAGUAAAUGAAUUUACUAAAAAUGUGUCCACAAUAAAAAACGAUUGCAUAAAAAAAAAAAAAUUCUUUAUUACUGAUGGUUACUGAUUGCCAAUGUUGUUAAGCAAAUAAGGAAAAAUUUGCUUAGAUUAUAAUGGGAUUUAGAUUAUUUAAUUUAUAAAAACAGUUGUGUGUUUUAAAUCUGGGGAAAAAAUUGUCUAGACUUAUAAUGUAAGUCUUGAUAGUUUUUACUCUUCACACGUGUGUAUUGUCUGGAUCGGAACUGCAAAAUAAUGGAGGAAAUGGUUAUGUUUCACUUAAAUUCUAAAAUUUUAAAUCUAUUGUGUCUAAUCUGUCUUUCACAAUUAAAGCCUAUGAGCAAGUAACUCAGCCGACGUUUAUAAGUUCUAAGAAGUCAACUUGUAAAUUGGUUUUAUUGCUGUUGUUGCGUAACUAUUAAAGGGACUUUCCAAACACUAGAAUCAGUUGCAAAAACCAUGGUGAAAUCCAUACGUUUUGGGUUGUUUAUUUUUUUUUUGGUAAACAAGUUUUGACAAAAACUGGUACGCUCCCUCGUACUCCAAGCUGGAGAACAAAUUGGGAAGUCGUAAUAAGGGCCCUUUAUUUGUUUAUUUAUUUAUUUAACGUGUAUAAGCCACAAAUUAAAGUACUGCAUCAGUGCACAUUUUAUUCACAAGUUCUUGCAAAUUAUGGCAGUAUGCACAGAUAUUUGAGUUCUGGCACCACAAAGUUGACACAGGAGUGUUGGAAGAGAUAAAUAAUGAGAUGGGGGUUUUAUGCUUAUACACUAGGUGAGCGCAUAAAUGAACAAUGUUGGGGCAUGUGCCUAGCAUAAUAGUGCCCAUAACCCUCUUCUGCUCAGGAGUGCUAGUGCAUGGCCAUUAGUCUUUACACUGUAAAAGAAAACUGACAUUACACUUGUGUAUGUAAAUAUAUAUGUAGUAACACUGCUUCAUAAGCAUCAGUAGUCUGCUAACCUUUUUAACCCCUUAAGGACUGAGUCAAAUGUAUACGUUGUGAUCAAAACAAAACGUAACCAAAACCUGGAAUUUGAUUGUCUGUUAAACUGUAAUUCACCUCUUUCAUAUUAAGUGCACCCACACUUAUUGUAUAUCAUUUUAUUCAGGGGAAACAGGGUUUUCUUUUAACAUCAAAUAUUUAGCUAUGAAACAUAAUUUUAAUAUGAAGAAAAUCUAAAAAAAAAUGGGAGAAAAUAAGAGUUUCUUUUAGUUCUACAUGACAUUUUAACUGUGAAUGUCCUCAUACGGUUUGUUUUUACUGCAAUAAAAUACACAUUUGUAUUCAGCAAAGUCUCACGUGUAUAACAGUACCCCCUACAUACAGGGUUUUAUAGUGUUUUGAGAAGUUACAGGGUCAAAUCUACCAUGUUGCAUUUUCAGGUUUUUCUUCACAUAGAAAUUUGCCAGAUUGGUUGUUGCCUAUGAGACCGUAUGGUAGUCCAGGAAUGAGAAUUAUCCCCAUGAUGGCAUACCAUUUGCAAAAGUAGACAACUCAAGGUAUUGCAAACUGAGUAUGUCCAGUCUUUUUUAGUAGCCACUUGGUCACAAACACUGGCCAAAAUUAGGGGUAAUAUUUGUUUGUGUGUGAAAAAUGCAAAAAACUAAUUUGAAUGCCAAUUUUGGCCAGUGUUUGUGACCAAGUGGCUACUGAAAAAGACUGGACAUACCAAUUUCCAAUACCUUGGGUUGUUUACUUUUGCAAAUGGUAUGCCAUCAUGGGGGUAAUUCUCAUUCCUGGGCUGCCGUACAGUCUCAAAGGCAACGUAACUGUGACGAAUUGCCAUUAGCCACUUGUUCUUGGAGAGGACUAACGGCUAGCCUUUUGCCUUGUGACAAUAGCCCCUGCAUUAAACUCUGUACAGGACUGGGGGAAAAACUGUUGUUCGUGUGUUUUUUCCUGUAAUGGAUCAGUGAAUAGGGCUUGCUGAAUGGAUUGUGUUAAUGGUGUGCGUUUACCGAACAAACUGACGAACCCACCCGCAAGUGGAGUGUGCUGCUCGUUGACAUUCCAGGAGCGCAGGUUAACCGCAGCUUAAUUGACGAACAGUUGGGUGGCCGGCAUUCGUAUGAACGAACACGUGUCGGUGACCAUUUUGUUUAGCCGAACGCACUCAGCAGUGUUUGGUCGUCGAACACCUGGAACUAUUUUCGGCUACUAUUUCCACGAACACCGCUGGGACUUCUACCUUCCACGCGUUCGGCUAAAUCCAUACGAACGGAGCGCUAGUCUAAGGAAACAAACUCACAAACGAGACACUUGCAAUGACAGUAUGCAUGAACGGAUUUGUUCGUGCAAUUUGUACCCGUUUGGAAGAAGAAGAUAGAAGGGCCGCACAGCCCAAAUCUGUGGAACUGUUUUAGGCAUGAAAGCUAUGCUUGCGGUCAGUCAAAUGUGACUUCCAGCUAUUUCCCGAACCACUGAACUGAUUCGGAUGAUUUUUUCACAUGUUGUUCCCAUAAUUAUGAUUGUUCUGAAAAUGUAAGUUUUAUGUGAAUUGAAUGUAUAAUUUUGAAGUAAUAAAAAUUGUGUAAAAAGUAUAUUUUUUACUUGGAGAUAAUUGAGUUGAUACAGCAACUAACUCUAUUAUCUCCCAAGCAGAGGGGAGGAAUUUACUGUAAUGAAUGGGAGUGUUUAGCUGUGUAACUGUAAAGGAUUGGUUGUUGAGUUUGUGUUUUCAGUGCCCAACAAGGUCCACGUGGGUGGUAACCUUGUGGGAAAACUUGUAUAUAAGAAGCAAUAAAACCUCAGUUCAUUCUGUUCUGUUCCUGCUUAACCCUCAAUUCGUAGUCUCGUCUCAUUAUUGUAGGGAACUGCUAUAUUCACACUGGGGAUUGCUAUACUUUGUAUACUCCCCUGAGCUCUAAUCACUUAGCUCUUUUAAGAGCUGUUCCUGCUACACUCUCCUGGAGGAGAGGUCUUUCCUAAAUGGUCCUUGAGGACAGAGGUUGAUCCAGGGUGGAAGGAAGACAGCGAGACUCCAGUUAAGCUACGGUGGUUGUGGUGUCCAGUGCAGUGCUUAUGGUCCUCGGCAUUAGAUAGGAAGCGUCCUUCAACGGAGGUUCCCAGUCGGGGUGCCAGGUGUUCCGUUACAGUAACCAAUCUGGCGAAUUUCAAUGUGAAAAAACGGAAAUGCAACCCUUAUAUUUGACUCUCUAACUUUUGAAAACACAAUAAAACCUGUACAUGAGGGGUACUGUUAUACUCAGGAGACUUCGCUGAACACAAAUAGAUGUUUCAAAACAGUAGAACGUAUCAAAACAAUUAUAUCAUCCGUGUAAGUGCCAUUUGUUUGUGAAAAAUGUCACUUUCACUGACUAUAUCAUUGUGGUAAUACAUUUUACUGUUUUGAAACACUAAUAUUUGUAUUAAGUGAAGUCUUCCGAGUAAAACUGUACCCCCAUGUACAGGUUUUAUGGUGUCUUGGAAAGUUACAGGGUUAGUGCUAGCAAAUUAAAUUCCCUAGACUUUCGUCCUGGGUUGUCAGGCAGGUCCCGCAAAUUGUAAUGAAUAAAAUGACCUAAUUAUGUAAAAAAUUUAAAUAUAUACGUAUAAUUUAUAUAUAUUAAUAUAUACAUUUUGUUUAAUCAUUUUUAUUUAUAUAUAGGUAUAUGUAGUUAUAUAUACUAAUGUAUAUAGAUAUAUAUAUUUCGUUCUACGUUUAUUUUGAUAUCAACAUAUAUUUUAUCAAAAUAGAACGAAACUACACACAUUUUUUAAUUUUUUUUUUUAUCAUAUCUACAUAUUUAUUUUAUAUUAUAUACCAAUAUAUAUAAUUAUACAUAUUCAAUAUAAUUCUAUGUGUAUUUUGAGAUAUAUAUAAUUUUAUUUUAAACUGUUUUUAAACUUUAUUUUCAACUUUUUUUAGGCAGCAGGGGGAAUACCUGUCAUUCCAGGCACUGGCACUGCUGUGGACGCCUAUGCCGUCCAUGUCAUUGUGAGGUCCUCGCAAGGACCUCGCGAUUACAUGGCCCAGAAGGGCCGGAACGGCAGCAGGGGGACUCCCUGGGAUGCCUGGUGAGUCUCCCCACCGGCGUUUAGAGCUGGGUCCCCAAGGACGGCAUAGCACGCCCGCUGUCCUUAAGGAGUUAAGAUUGCCAGUAAAGUAUUCUGUUUCUUGGUAAUUAUAUAACAAUUGGGGAGGUUUCUUUGUUUCCUUUUUUUUUUUUUUUUGUCAGAUGAAUGCACAUUUUUCCCAGUUUUGGGAAAUUUGUAUAUAUGUCAGAAAUAUAAGAUUGUGAAAUUCAUUAAUUGUUUUUUUUUGUUUAUCUAGUUUUAUGCAGGGAACUACUAGCUUUCUACAUGUAAUGAAAUUAGUACUUUACAACCUUCCCUCCUCCCCCAAAUUCCAUCAUUCCCUGAACUUUGGAAUGGGGAAUAUUAAUCCAGCUGCUGAUUCCUCCCCCCAAUAUGGGGGAAUUUUUUUUAUAUAUUUAUCGGUUUCUUGCUUUCACAUUUUAAUGAACAUUAUAGGGUCACGAACACAAACAUGUAUUCCUGAUCCUAUAGUUUUAAAACCACCAUCUGGCCCCCUUUGCCCCCCCUAACUAUAAUAAAAUCUUACUUUUCAAGUCGCAGCUGCUGGCUCUGCCUCUCAUCUGCCUGCCUGGCUGAUGUCAUCAGAAAUGAUUCUCUGAGCCAAUCACAGUGCUUUCCCAUAGGAAUGGCUGAGGCUGUCAUGGAUGCAGAUCACGGGCAGAGCCAGCACAUGUCAAACACAGCCUUGGCUGAUUGGUGCAGCACUGCCCCAGGAAGCACCUCUAGUAGGAGUGGCCACUGAAGGUAUCCCUAGGCUGUAAUGUAAACACCAAUUUUCUCUGAAAAGACCGUAGGGAAUAUUUAUACUUACCAGAACAAAUACAAUAAGCUGUAGUUCUGAUGACUAUAGUGCCCCUUAAGUCUAAAAUAGCUGAACUGGAAAGGUUCUUAAAGUCCGCUAUGCUUCUAGUAUGGCUAUUGUGGCAUUAAAUUUGAAAUUCACUUCGAUUGUACUUUGAGUAACCGACAAUUUUCACUUUAGUGAAUAACCCUGAAUAAGUAAAAUCAAACUGGGCAGGCUUCCCAUCUUGGUAACAAGCAUUUUGGUCUGCUUUUGCAAAGAAAAUCAUAUAGCUACCAGCUUCUAUCAAGAAGAAACAUGGUGUAUAAAUCAGUGUAAAUAAAAAUCCAAUUUCAUAAUUUAAAAUGUGACAUAAUACAACAGGGGGUAGUAGUUGAUGCAACGAUAACUGAACCAUGUGGAGGGGAAUUGGUGGUUUAUUUUCGAGUAGGUAGACAAAACAAAGCAAGUAUAAUAUGGCAUAUUUUCUUUAUUGCAGUGGAGCUCUGCAAUGUAAUAUUCAUUGCAUAUUAGUGCAUAACAGAGUUCCACAGCAGUAAAAUUCACUUAUUGUAUCACAGAACCCCAGAAAGGGGGGAAACAUAAGAUUGUCAUGUGCCUUUUGUUUUAAUCACUGGAGCUCUGUGAUACAUACAAGCACUAUGCACACCAAUGUGCGUUUUAUCUCUGCGUCAUGUGCCCUAUUGCCACUGCCACUAGUCCUAAUACCAGACCAUGCAUUUAUUACUUGCUCUUAUACAUUCUUCCCCUUAGCCGGAUUAAUGUUUGCCAGGGACCUCGGCAGGAUGCCAGAUUGGUUUCAAUCCUAAAGCCCAGGGCUCUGUGAGGUGGAGUGUGCCUGUGACGAGUGGUGGCACAUUGUGUGUGUGUUGGCUGAAUUUUGUGUGGAGAGGAGAGUUGUGGUGUUCUGCUUUUCUUUUUCUGGUGGUCAAGUGAGGGAACAUUGUGAUCUGUCUAACAGAUAACUCACAGUUCUGACUUUCUGUCAAUGACUCAUUGAGAAUCACCAGGAAAUUAGGAGGGAGCUCUUAAACUGGUCUGCAUCCAAAAGAGGACCGGACCACAAAGCUUUCUCAAGCAGGGAGAUUUUUUUUCCCCCAAUGCUGACUCAAAGAAACCCCUUAUAUAUCCUGGGCACCUAUCUGAAUUUGGGCUCUAAGUGGCGCUUAUGGGAAAUCUGUCUUUGCCUUCCCCUAAAUGGGAAUGUAGGGGUGUAGCAGUGCUAGGCCCUGUAGUGUUAAUAUAGGGAUUUAUAUUUUAGGAGUAUUGGUGUAUGCAGAUGCAAUUGUAGAGUUUUAGUGUAGAUGAUCUGUAUAUGUGUGCUAAUGUGUGGCGUAUCAGUGUUUAUGAAUGCCUAGUCUAUUUCCUCCUCCCUAACCUUUUUUAAUUUUGUCACUUCCUUUCCUUCUUGUCUUUGUUGUAACCCAAGAAACCUACCCCUCCUUAUGCCACUUCCUCUCCUUAAAUAACUUUUCAUCACUAUACCAGAUUAUUUAUGACUUCUAUGGUAAUCUCUUAUAAGGUACCUCAUCCCUGGGGUCCAACAGUGUGUAGAAGUGUUCAGCAGAAAAUAGCUUAAAUACUUUCUAAGCACAGCUCCCCUUUGGCUUUCUUUACAGUGCAUGCAGCAUCUUGUGCAACAUGUCUUGGUGUCAUACUUGACUCUGGUCUCACAUCCAGUAUGUUGCCAAAUCCUGUAGAUUCCCUCUUAAAAACAUAGCCCGCAUCUGCCCCUUUCUUACACAAGAUGCUACCAAGGAGCUGGUCCAUGCUCUAGUAAUUUCCUGCAUGGAUUAUUGUAACUACAAUCUGUAAUGAAUGCUGCCGCCAAACUGAUUUUCCUCUCUAGUCGGUCAUCUCACACCUCACCCAUCUGUCAGUCCUUACAUUGGCUUCCUGUAUCCUAUAGGAGUCAAUUCAAAGUGCUAACCCAUACCUAUAAAGCACUGAACAAUUCUAGCCCCUCUUAUAUGUCUUCAAAGAUCCAUAGGUUCUCCGCUCUGCCCGUGACCUUACGCCAACUCACACUUGCAGGACUAAUCGCGGGCAGUUCCCUUCCUAUGGAAUAGCCUGCCUAUUGCCAUCAGACUUUCUGUUAAGUGCCUUAAAACCCAUCUCUUUAGAAAAGCUUAUGGCCUCCCACACUAACCUCUUUCUCACAUACCUGUCUCUUGCUCUCUCCUAAAGGGCAGCCCUCUACUCUCUCCUCCAGUUCUGCUUCUCUCCCACCUUAUUUGAUUGAUAUUUCCUGUCCUAAUGUUUUUUAUACUCCACCUCUUAUAGACUGUAAGCACGUUUGAGCAGGGUCCUCUUCAACCUAUCGUUUCUGUAGGUUUUCUUGUAAUUAUGUUAAUCCCCCCUCUCAUCAUAAUGCCCUACGAAAUCUGUUGACUCUAUAUAAAUGGCAAUAAUAAUAAUAAUCACGAACACUGGUGCACAAGCCCUGAGGAACUGUACUGUGUAGAGUAUAAGUCCAGCAACCUGCAACUGUAUUUCUACUUUCUCUGAACCAGAUAGUAAGCAGAGAACCACAGUUUGGUGUCCCUAUCCCUGGCUUUAGACCUCUUUCGGGGUGUUUUUUUGCUUGACGCCCAGAGCAAGGGGAUCAAAUGCAGGUACCUGUCUAGGCGUGCUGCUCACCUUCUUGGUCUGCACUUUUUUCUAUUCAGUUUGUUUAUGGGCAUUAGAAGUAUGAAGCAAUUUAGAUGUGAAGAGAUUUGGAUACUCUGGACUUGCUCAGAGUGAUUAGCUUUCAAAGAAGCUCAACUGCUUGGAAGGAUUUGGCCAGCAGUGAAUGAGUUAUCUUCUUAGUGGAGUAUUUAAUUCACCUUCCAAUAGCCUUACAUAGGUCAUGGGAUAUUAUAGUAAAGAUAAAUUCACCAUCAAAUCCUGACAGUGACAUGGUUUGCAAAUAAGAUAGAAAGUUGUAGAGGCUUAUGACAAUUUAUUACCAUAUACUUACCUGAGAAAUGCUUUAAAAAGACGCAAAAAGGUGUUUAACCCUCUGGAGUGACCCCACCUGUGGCAGAAUGCAUUGUUGUAUGAGAGUAACAGGUCUUUGUAAAUGUUAUUUGUAACUAUACUAGUUAUUGAGAACAGUAAUAUUUAUUUGAUAAUAUUGUAAAUUUCGAUGUGUAAUAAAGUAGAUAAAGAUGAAUAUAAAAUAAAGAUGCAAAAAGUUACAUUUUACAAAUAAAAUUUGAUUAUGUAAUUGUAAUGUUUUCAUUUUUUUGGUCUACUUAUCUAAAGGAAAAACACCACAACACUGUCUAUUAUAUUGGUGUUCUACAGCGUGUAUGCUGAAUGUUAAUUAAUCAUAACAGAACAGUUUCUGGCAUUUAUUCAGUCUAGUAAGAGUGUUGGGGGUGCAUGUUUUAUUGAUGAUCCUGAUUAACUUCUGUAGUGAAAUAGUGGAAGGAUUCUGGGGAUCACAAAUGUAAGAGAUUAAGGCCAAUUACCUUCUUCUAAUUACAUAAUAAUGUGCAACUAGCACAUGUUUCCCACUCUCUAGCAUGUUUUUGAAGAAAAAUAAACUUUUAUACAAAAUUUCCACAUCACUAUAAAAAAGGGAAAAAAAAUACAAUUCUUAAAUCUAUAAUGUUGUGGGUAUUGUCUGUUUAAAUAAGUGGUUAUUCACCAAUGUGUUAAUGGACAGAAAUUUAGUCAAGUAAAUUCACAAUGAAUUCCAAAUUUUAGGACAAAAUAGCAAAGUUGGGAAAAUUCUCAGUCUUCCAUAUUGUCAGUUUGACAGGUUUUUUAAAAACCUUUUUUUAAAGAUUUAAAAAUCAUUUUGAAUUUGUCUUAAUUGACACAACAAAAAAUAAACCUGAUUGUGUAGCAUGGCCAGUUGGCAUUCUAAAUAUGGUGAAUAUAGAACAUCAAGACGUAUUUGCCUUUAAGAAUAUGACAAGUUACAGAAUGUGACUAGGGGAAGACUUUGAAUAUCUGAAAUAAACUGGGGAUGGUUUCUUUAUUCAGCCUUUGUAUCGGUUUUCUCUUCUAUAUUAUUUCUGUUUGCAAUCUGUUUAUUUUAUUCAGUUUUCUUCUCUCUUUACAGAUGCAGCAUGUGCAACUCCACUUAUCUGCAGCCUAGGUAGACCUGUUGAACUAGAUAAGGAUGACUACCAAAAGGUCAUCUGUAACAAUGAGCACUGUCCUAACAGCACCUGGAUGCAUCUGCAGUGUUUCUACGAAUGGGAAAGCAGUAUUCUUGUCCAAUUUAACUGUAUUGGCAGAGCCCGCAGCUGGAAUGAAAAACAAUGCCGUCAGAAUAUGUGGACUAAGAAAGGUUAUGACCUUGCUUUUCGAUUUUGCUCAUGUCGAUGUGGGCAGGGCCACUUAAAAAAAGAUACAGAUUGGUACCAGGUGAAACGAAUGCACGAUGAUAAGAAGAAGAAAUCGGGCCCUGAGAAAUCCACUGGUAGAUCCAUGUCAGAGUCCUCUGAUGAAGUAAAGAAGUGCAGAGCUACAUCCAAACCUCAAAAAGGAUUGGUGUAUGAUCCACCUCGUCGACAUUCAGUUGACAGACAGAAUUCUCAAGAGAAGGGGGUUAGUGGAGGUGCUCAUGGCCUGCGUUCACCUUGCAUUUCUCCUGGACAAUCUCCUCCUGCUGGCUACCCCAUACUUUCCCCUUCUCACUUUAGUGUUCCCCGUAGCUCCAGAUACUUGGGUGAGUUCUUAAAGAAUGCUAUUCACUUGGAGCCUCAUAAGAAGAAUAUGGCAACAGGAGGACCACUCCGAAAUGCCCAUGUUGACUACAAUAUGGCUGGGCUGCAGUCUCACAGGUCAGGACGCCUGGAUGCACCAGUACAAUUUCUUCGGAGACUAGACCUUUCAGAACUAAUGGCACAUAUACCACGGCAUAAGCUUAACACUUUCCAUGUACGCAUGGAAGAUGAUGCCCAGGUUGGUCAGGGGGAGGACCUCCGUAAGUUCAUCCUAUCAGCCCUCAGUGCUAGUCACAGGAAUGUAGUGAACUGUGCAUUGUGCCAUCGGGUGCUCCCUGUUUUUGAGCAAUUCCCGCUGGUGGAUGGAACUAUGUUUCUGAGCCCAUCCCGGCAUGAUGAGAUUGAAUAUGAUGUACCUUGUCACCUUCAAGGUAAAAUAUUUAAUAACCAUUAACGUUUUCCAUAAACAAAAAAGUAAUUAUAUAUUAUUAGUCUAAAUAUUAACACUGCAAUGUAUGGCAUCUACUUUGAUUAAUUCAUCAAAGCACAGUUAGUAGCUGGUCCUAUUUAUCAACUUAUAUAACCAAACCCACCAAAGCAGGCAGACCCUCUACUGUGCAUUUAAUAAAAAUAAUACAAAAAAAAAUAAUAUAUAUAUAUAUAUAUAUAUAUAUAUAUAUAUAUAUAUAUAUAUAUAUAUAUAUAUAUAUAUUUAUAUUAUAUAUUAUUUUUUUACUGAAGAUACUAGGACAUUAUUACAUCAAGGUCUCGGUUUAACAUUGUUGGAGAAGAUUUCCAAAUUAUUUAAUAUUUUUAUAUACAAACUUUUAAAAUGAUUUAAUAGUAUAAAAUUUUGUAAUUGAUGUGUUUUUUGAAAAAUAUUUUUUUGAAAGUGUAUUUAAAAAUAUAUCAUUUGAAAAUACUGUAAAUUGGUUUGUUGUACUAAUACCUAGGUCCCUUCUAAGUAAUUAAUAUUAUUAGGGCAGAAAUGGAGCAGAGUUCUAAUUUAGAUGGGUAGGUAGUGUGUUGAAGCAUGUUGGGUCAUGCUACAACAUUUAAAAUGAUUUUGAGAAAUUUAUUUGGCAGAGCUCUUACCUGUAAACACUUGAUUGUAGUGCUCACAUUGUAGUGAUCCUGCAGCAUUUAUAUCCAAAGCAAACAACUGAAAUAAUUGCAUGAUAAAUCAGUGUUUUUCCUUCUAAGCAAACUGCCAUGUUUGUGACUAGGACAUUUUUAAAAUGCAGCAUUAAAAUAAGAUAUUAUGGUAAUCAUGAUAUAUGAUAUCCAAACUUGAUUGAAAAAUUAUUUUAUUUGUUGAAACUUACCUAUGAGGUAAAAAAAUAACAAAAUCUAGAAGGGCCAAAAAGGUUUCUAAAGGGACACUAUAGGCACCCAGACCACUUCAGCUCAUUGAAGUGGUAUUGGUGCAGUGUCCCUAUUGCACUUGCAGUUGCAGACAGCCACUGGAGGCGCUUUCUGAUACCUAACAGACUUUUGGUCAAGUAACUUGACACUGCAUGAGAACAUCGCUCUGCAUGAAAACAUCUAGAGAACAUCUAGAGUCAGCUGUUUCCCCUUAGGAAAGCAUUGAUUCAAUGCUUUCCUAUGGAGAGGGCUUAAUGCGCAUGGCAUCAGCUGUGCAUGUGCAUUAGCAUCCCCCUCAUUGAGCAACGUCAGAGAAAGCAGAGCUGCAACCCAGGGCAGAGGGGAAGCGAGGCUAGCUUUAAUACCAGGAAUACAGCUUUGUUUUUCUUUUGUGUUUUUAUUUUUAUUUUUUUGCUAACUUUAUAUAAAGGUUUACACAUCCCAUAACUUAUCACAAUUGAUUUAUCUGCAUACUUGUAAGAAGUGGUGUAUUUUGAAUCUGUGCUGCCCCAGGCAUGACGGAACUCGGGCACUCCCUAAUUUACAUUUGCCCCACCCCUUCCUGUCAAUGCCACACCUCUACCUGUUAAAAACUGACACACACUGUCAUAUACACUGACAUACACUCUGAUUUGACACACACAAUCACUUAUUCACAGACACACUGACAGACACGCACACAACGACACUGACACACACACUCACAGACUCACAAACUGACAGGCAUACACAAUCACUCAGACACACACACACACAUAUUCACUGACAGACACACACUCACUCACUCAUAGACACACACAAUCACUCAGACACACAUGCUCCCUCACAGACACACACUGACACAUACACACACUCACAGACAGAUACACACAAUCACCCAGACACACUUACAGACAUACACAUACAUACACACACACACACAUACACACACUCUCAUUCACAGACACAAACACUCAUUCAGACACACACUGACAGACACACUGACAGCCAGAAACACACACAUACACACAUUUCCCCCCCAACACUCACAUAUUAUUUUUACAUUUUAUUUUAAAUCUACACAGCCUCCCUACCUUUGGGAGAGCUGUGUGGAUUUUUUACCUGGGGACCAGUCGGGCUGUUUGGGCAGGGAGGGAGGGAGGGAGGCAGGCAAUCAGGCAAUCAGGCAGUCAGUUGAGGUUCGCCUGCCUAGAGUUUUAGCUAAACUCGUUUUCCUGGGUCUUUGGGUCCCCCCACUCUCAGGCUCAGGAGGGGUUAAUCACUUACCUUUCUCCAGCGCCGGGCUCCCUCUGCGCUGGUAAAAUCUCCUCCCUCUUCCGACGUCAGCGCUGAAUGCGCAUGCACGGCAAGAGCCGCGCGCGCAUUCAAUCAGUCCAUAGGAAAGCAUUUCUCAAUGCUUUCCUAUGGACGGCAGCGUCUUCUCACUAUGAUUUUCACAGUGAGAAGCGCCUCUAGCGGCUGUCAAUGAGACAGCCACGAGAAACUGGUUUAACCCUAAUGUCUGUGAAACUGCUAUGUUUACAGCUGCAGGGUUAACCCUAGAUGGACCUGGCACCCAGACCACUUCAUUGAGCUGAAGUGGUCUGGGUGCCUAUAGUGGUCCUUUAAUUACCGAUAAUGAGAGGAAUAUUAAUUUUUAAAGGAAAACUCCCAAACACCAUAAUGACUAGCUUGUAGUGCCUAUAGUUCCAGGAGUGCUAUGGUACAUCCCACUGUAUGCAGCCAAAGCAUUUUAAAACUUCUUAUCCUGCCUUUACUUAUCUCGAUCGUGAGACAGAAGAUUUGAAGCAGGAGCUUCAAUUAGGUCCCCUGAGCUAAUCCUUGCAGUGCAGGGAAAGCUCAUUGUCUGCGCUAACCUGACAUUCUCAACCGGAGAGCUUACAUUUCUUACUCCGAACUAAUGGCUCUGGUGCUUGGAGUGUUACUUUACGAAAAGAACCAACAGUUCAAAAAAUUUAAAGGGUCAUGUUUUUAUUAUAAAGAUAACAUUCAUAAAUAUUAAUGCUAGAUCACUUACUAAAGGCACAUUGCUUAAAAUAUUUGGACAUUCUAAAUGCUCAUUGAUUUUAAGCAUUCAUUUAAAAUGCACUAAUGUAUUCUGCAGUACUAUACAUUUUGUUAGCUAAAAGGACACUGCAGGCUUGAGUUGAGCCUUUUUUAUGCAUUGCUAAAAUAUCUGUCAACAGAUGCUUAAAAAUAAAGAUAUACCUGUAGAAGUUCCUACACAUGCUGUAAGAUUUUGCAUCUCCUGCAAUGGACUCUGCCUGGACCAGAAUCUCAUUGUUCUUUCUAUAACAAUGUAUGACAUGCUGAUCCCAUAAACCUUUGCACAGUGGCACUUUAUUGCUUGCUCAAGGUUUUGUGUGUAGUUCAGGUGUAAGGUUUUUCUACUAGAAAGGCCAUAACUGAACUUCAUGAGGGUUGAGCCUUUAGCUGAAAUGUUUUUUUAAUUUUUUUUAUUUUUACAAAUUACUGCCAUUAAACGACUCAAUGUGCACAUAAAGACAUUCUUUUUACCAUAAAAUGGUACAUUACUUGAGGUUUAAAGGCUUACUCUAAACACCAUAACAACUGCCUGCUUUAAUGGUUAUGAUGACAGGAGUACCGUGGCACACUUUCCUGGAAAGGAGGCAAACCACUUUUCUGAAGUGUCCAUGGUGUGAGGACCCUGUAUGUCAUUAGAGUUCUCAUUUUGCUGCCAGAAGUGUUACUCUACCUCCAGCAGCUUUCAUUAGCCAGCCUGGAACAAAAUACUGCACAUACAGGGUCCUUGCACCAUGAACACUUUAAGACAAUUACAUGGUCAUGGUACUUGGAGUAACCUAUUAAACAAAGUACAAUUUUUGAGAUGUCUAGCUUUACUGAUUAUAGAAAACAUAAAUUAAGCUUGAGCAUAUGAGCUUAUUUUCAAUGCAUUAGGGCUGUGAUUUGCACAAAAUGUUGUUCCAGUACAUUACAUUAAGGAACACCCCAUUGCCCAAAUACAAAUAAAUGUUAAAAAAAAUCACUGUUUAGUACAUAUGCCCCAAUUCAAAACUUGCUUGCAUUGAAUGAUGCAUGUUUUCAUUGGGGGUAUUUGUAAAAAAAACUGCUUGCAAAACCUGCAACUCUCUUGUCUGGAGGAAGUGUUUAGGAAUUACUGUUCUUAAUUAUGUAGCCCCCUCUUUUUUAUGGGACCAAAAGUAAUUGGACAAUUGACUCAAAACCUGUUUCAUGGACAGGUGUGGGAUAUUCCUUUGUUAUUUUUACAUCAGUUAAGCAGGUAAAAGAUCUGGAGUUGAUUCCUGGUGUGGCACUCGUAUUUGGAAGCUGUUGCUGUGAACCUACAACAUGUGGUCAAAGGAGCUCUCAAUGCAAGAGAAACAGGCCAUCCUUAGGCUGUAAAUAAAAAAUCCAUCAUAGAGAUAGCAAGAAUAUUAUGAGUGAACUAAUCAACAGUUUGGUACAUCACUGGUGAGCUCUACAACACAAAAGGGCCUGGAUGUCCACGGAAAACAGUGGUGGAUGAUUUAGGAUCCAUAGGAUCCUUUCCAUGGUAAAUUAGAACCCCAUCACAACAUUCAGUCAAGUGAAGAACACUGUCCAGGAGGUAAGCAUAUCAUUAUUCAAGUCUACUAUAAAGAGAAAACUUUAUGGUAGACUUGAUAUUAAUAUGCAUAUACAGAGGGUUCACCACAACGUGCAAACCAUUCAUAAGCCUUUAAGAAUAGAAAGGCCAGUUUAAAUUUUGCCAAAAAAAAAUAUCAAAAAAAUCCAACCCAGUUCUGGAACAGCAUUCUUUGUACAGAUAAACUAUGAUCAACCUGUACCAAAAUGGAGAAGGCAUGGAAUGCCUAGUGAUCCAAAGUAUACCACAGCAUCUGUAAAACAGGGUGGAGGCAGCAUGAAGGCAUGAGCAAGCCAAGCUUUCAAUGGCAUUGGGUCACUAGUGUUUAUUGGUGAUAUGACAGAAGCAGUCAAAUAAACUCUGAAGUGUAUAGGGAUGUAUUGACUGCUCAGAUUCAGCGAAGUUCAUUGAACGGUACUUCAAUUUACGGAUGGACAAUGACCCAAAACAUACUGGUUAAGGUACCCAGGAGUUUUUUUUUUUUAAGGAAAAUAAGUGGAAUAUUCUGCAAUGGCUGAGUCAGUUACCUGAUCUCAACCCAGUCGAGCAUGCAUUUCACUUGCUGAAGGCAAAACCUAAGGCAGAAAGACCCACGAACAAACAGCAACUGAAGGCAUCUGCAGUAAAGGCAUAGCAAAGCAUCACAGAGGAAACCCAGUGUUUGGUGAUGACCAUGCUUUCCAGACUUCAAAGGAUUCUCACGUAGUAUUAAAGAUUACCAUUUUAUUUUUGAUUGUAUUAAUUUGUCCAAUUACAUUUGAGCCCUUGAAAUAAGGGGACUGUGCAUGAAAACGGUCGCAAUUCCUAGAAUUUUUUUUUUGUUUAGUCCCUUGAAUUAAAGUUGAAAGUAUGAAAGAGAUGUUCUUUCAUUUCAAAUCCAUUGUGUUGGUGUACAGAACCGAAAUUAUCAAAAUUGUGACAGUGUCCAAAUAUUUCCGGUCUUAACUGUAUAUAAUAUUAAACCGAUCUUACUCACCAUGAUUUGUGUAUUGAGCACUAGUGAUGUCCCGAACGGUUCGCCGCGGACGGCGAACAUAUGACCCUGUACCUCACAGUCAGCAGACACAUUCCAGCCAAUCAGCAGCAGACCCUCCCUCCCAGACCCUCCCACCUCCUGGACAGCAUCCAUUUUGAAGCUGCAUUCUUAGUGAGCUGUCCAGGAGGUGGGAGGGUCUGGGAGGGAGGGUCUGCUACUGAUUGGCUGGAAUGUGUCUGCUGACUGUGAGGUACAGGGUCAUAUGUUCGCCGUCCGCGGCGAACCGUUCGGGACAUUUAUUGAGCACUUAUUCAUAAGCACACAGUGUGCCUAUGUACAUGUGCUUGGGUAGCAUAAAAUGCAUAAGGAGUGGGAAGUUAGACCAGGAUGAUGUCUUGUUUAUGCUAUACUUACAGGGUUAUUUGCUAGAGUAAAAAUUUAAAGUGAAUUUCAAAUUUAAGGCCAGAAUAGCCGAAAAGCAUAGCUGGCUUAGAGAAUUUUUCCAGUUUGGCUUUUUGACCUAAAAAUCUAAAUUCACUUUAAAUUCUUGCUUUAGUGAAUAACCCUGUUAAUUUAUGGCUGUGCAAUGGAUUGAGUGAUGUGAUUAAGAUGUUAUAUUUGAAGUGUCAUUUCUGUAUAUUUAAAAAAUGAAUUGUGCAUGGACUUUAGAAUCUUCUUGGUCUCGGAACUAUGUAUAGCAGAGUAGUACUAACAAGCAAUUAUGUAGUAAGAGUUCCAGUUAAGUUGUGAACGUUCCAAAUACAUAAAGGAAGUGUUUUGUGUAUGUAUAGUGUGUGUCCUCUGUGAUUCAUUUUAUAAAACUGCCAAUUGGAAUUGCACGGCUUGAAGUAAAGAUCAGUGAAUCUGCAAUAUUUAACUACACUGCUGGUAACACUUAUUUGUUUAACUUUUACUGUUUUCUUGUAGGACGACUGAUGCACCUUUAUGCAGUCUGUGUGGACUGCUUAGAGGGUGUUCAUAAAAUAAUCUGUAUUAAAUGCAAAUCAAGGUGGGAUGGAAGCUGGCAUCAAUUGGGAACAAUGUAUACCUACGAUAUAUUGGCAGCUUCUCCAUGUUGUCAGGUUUGUAUUGCUCAAGAUAUUAUGUAUAGCCUAAUGGUACGAACGAGAAAACUAUUAUGUUGUUUGCAUUUCUUUUGUGGGAAUAUACCUUUCAAUCUCCCAAAGUACAGUGCCAUAGUGUGUCCUAUUCCCCUGUCACACAGUGCCACAGCCCAUAUAAUAUCCCUUGUCCAUUCUUUCACCUAGUUAUAUAUGAGCAUUCUCUAACUUUUCUUUAAAAAUAAAAUUAAAAAAAUUUAAUGUAAAAUUGCUUUGAUACAACAUUGUUUGUGCUUUCUGCACUUAUCGGGACACUUGUCAAGGAUUCACUUUGGUGAGUUCCCAUGUAAAGUUGUGAUGUUUUUCAUAGCCAUUCUUAACUGUGACAGUAUGAAUUUUUAAAAGCAAUUAGAAAUUCAAUUCAUAUAAAUCAGUUUCUGGUGUUUCACAUAAUCUCUGCCUAUUUACAUAUUAAAAUACAUUAUGCUGAGACUAUCAAAAAAGAACAUUUGUAACUAGAAACUCGCUGUAGAGUUGUUUACGUUUUUUUUGUGUGUGCAGUGAUCACUAAUCUAGGAAAUAAUUUUUUUUUUUAUUUUUUUUUUACAUUCUUUAUUUUAGUUGUGCAUAGCAUAGCAUGGAAGUUUUAAAUUUUAAACCAAAGUAGUCUAGAAUGUAAAAUACAUUUGGCAAAUUCUUCCCAGUCAACUAUUUUGGCCUAAAACGCUCAUAUGCAUUUUUAAAUUAUUCAUAAUUCAGCUGUAAAAUAUUUCAGAGGAUUUAACUUUGUAAUUUUUGUGUCUCUCCUGUAGGCCAGACUGAACUGCAAGCACUGCGGAAAACCAGUCAUAGAUGUACGCAUCGGAAUGCAGUAUUUCUCAGAGUACAGCAAUGUUCAGCAGUGUCCUCAUUGUGGGAAUCUAGACUACCAUUUUGUGAAGCCAUUCUCUUCAUUUAAAGUCCUGGAGGCUUAUUGACGAAAGCUUUCUUUUAGUAAUAGCCAUUUUAUAGGUAUUACUAAUUUGUUACAUAUCUUUUUAUAGGAAAUAUUCUGUGAAGCAAAACGUUAACUCCUUUUCUAAUUCAAUAAGCAACAACAGCGUUUGUUUCCUUUAUAUUGAUUUAUUAAAACUUGUAAAUAAUUUGUUUCUCAUUUGCUGGGGAACGUAACAUGGAAAUGUGACGGGUGAAUGUAAAUCUAUGCCAGCAAAGUGUAUUUUUUUCUAUUUGGUUUAAGUAUUUAGGCAUAGUGUUCUGAUUUAUCUUAUAUAAAUCCCUACCCCCUCCCCCUGACUAAGCACUUAAAAGGAAAACAAAUCCGGUUUUCACCAAAGCAGAUCUAAAUAUUUUUUUUAAAUAAAUAAUAUUUAAAGUCAGUUUUGCUUUUUUUGUUGCCAUAUCUUAAUUUUUGGAAUGUUUAUUUUGUAUGGAUGUUUCUAUUUAAUCCAAAAUUUGAUUAUUU